CAAAAUUGACGGUACACCGCUACAAUUGUCGUAGACAUUGAAGCACCAAAUUGUAGCGAUGAUCUCAUUCUUCAAACAACACUGCUUCAUGGAUUUCCUCUCUCUUCCACAAGCAAUUGGUACUCUCAUAGCAUUGUUGCUAUUGUACAGUCUAUGGAGAUCAAGAAAUCACAGCCAAACCACUACUAAGACCAUCAUAUCACUCCCUCCUGAACCAUCAGGUGCAUGGCCUUUACUAGGUCACCUCCACCAACUAGCCAGCAAAACCCCGGUGGCUAGGAUCCUCGGAGCCAUGACCGACCAAUACGGCCCCAUCUUCACCCUCCGGAUCGGGUUGCACCGUGCACUCGUGGUGAGCAGUUGGGAGGCUGUCAAAGAGUGCUUCACCACUAAUGACAUAACCUUCGCCUCACGCCCAACUUCUAGCGCCGGCAAGUACCUUGGGUACAACUUUGCAGGCUUCGGGUUCAUGCCUUACGGGCCAUUCUGGCGUGACAUACGCAAAAUAGCACUCCUCGAGUUGCUGUCAAGUCGCAAACUUGACACGCUCAGGCAUGUCCGAGUCUCGGAAUUGGACACUAGCAUUAAAGAGUUGUACUUGCUUGCCAAGAAGAGCAACAGGGUGGUGAUUAGUGAAUGGCUUGAACAAUUUACUUUGAAUAUUGUUGUGAAGAUGAUUGCAGGUAAGAGAUAUUCGGAGAGCGCAGACGAUGAAGAGACAAGGCGAUUCAAAAGAGUUAUAAAGGAAUUUAUGCAUUUAACUGGGGUUUUUGUAUUGUCAGAUGUGAUUCCAUUUCCAUUGCUAAGAUGGAUUGAUCAUAUGCGAGGAGAUUUGAAGGCCAUGAAGAGAAUUGGAAAAGAAAUGGAUAUUAUCUUUGAGAGUUGGGUUCAAGAACAUCUACAGAAGAGAAUUGUGAGUGAGAGGGGUGAUGAGCAGGACUUCAUAGAAGUGAUGCUCUCUGUAAUUGAUGAUGAAUUCGUUUAUGGCCACACAAAACAAACUGUCAUCAAGGCAACAAUACUGGUCCUCAUCUUAGGAGGCUCAGACACCACAUCUGUUACCUUGACAUGGCUAUUGUCUCUCUUAUUGAACAAUAACCAUGCUUUGAAGCAUGCCCAAGAAGAGAUAGACUCCAAAGUUGGCAGAGAGAGAUGGGUAGAAGAGUCCGACAUCAAGAACUUAGUCUACCUCCAAGCAAUUGUCAAAGAAACUUUGCGUCUAUACCCUGCAGCUCCCUUAUCAGUACCGCACGAGGCCAGGGAAGACUGUAAUGUGGGUGGCUAUCACAUUCCGAAGAACACUCGUUUGCUAGUAAAUCUGUGGAAGCUGCACCGAGAUCCUCGUGUGUGGACGGACCCUGACAGAUUCAUGCCGAAAAGGUUCCUGACAAGUCACGCAGAGGUAGAUUUUGGUGGUCAGCAUUUUGAGUACACCCCAUUUGGCUCUGGUAGGCGAUCUUGCCCCGGGAUCACAUUUGCCACGCAAGUGACACACUUGGCACUGGCUCGAUUGCUCCAGGGGUUCAACUUCACUACACCAAAUGGUGAACCCGUGGACAUGACUGAAGGCUUAGGCAUUACCAUGCCUAAGGCAACCCCACUAGAAGUUGUCAUCACCCCGCGGCUUCCAUCUACACUUUAUGAAAAUUAAACUCCAAGCAUUCAGCAUAUAGCAUAUGUUGCGAGCAGAAAUAGAGACAGACCAUAAGACUUUAUGUUCCGUUCCUAAUAAAACCACAAGACCCUUGUCAUAUUUAUGAAGAAUAUGAAAAGGCUUUGGUAUGUGUGUAAUGCAUGUAAUAUAUUAGUUUGUCCUUAAUUUCA